GGAGACGUUCAAAACAAUAUAGUAAGCCAGGCAGCCUGAAGUUUAUUCGCAGCUACAGUAUUUGGAGAGUAUAUUACAACGCUUAUUUCAAUGCCUCAUGCUUGGAUGGUAAUUUUUGUGCUCCGCUCCGAGAUCUUGGCUACCAUCUUUUUACCUUUGACUAAAUGUUUUUGCACCUCAAGCUGUGAAAUAAUAUCGGUGUGUUCGGCCCGUCCGUUGGUUCAUGUUCUGAUUAACAAUUUGUUCGGCUGUAACUCACAAUUCACCGAUAAGUUGAGCAGAAGGAAGACAUUUAUUCCUUCCAAUAAAGAGUUCUGAUGCCCGUCAGUGCAUCAGCACUGCCGAAAACUGUAUCAUUGAUUCGUCUGACAUAUUCGUAUGAAUGUUGCCUGAUAAACAUGUUC